UUUAUUCUAUCUAGGAUAAUUAUUACUUGUAAUAAUAUAUUGAGUUCAAUAAAAAGCAAACCAUCAUUAGCUGGAAGAUGAUUUCAUAUGUAAAAAAAAAAGCAAAUCCUUUCACUAGAAACUUGGAAUUCACAUAAGAUAAUGACGACAGCCCUGGGACAAAGAAUUAGAUCGAAAGAAGAAGAAGAAGGAAUUCAGCAAUUGGAUUUCUAUGUAUAAAAAGCCGAGAAAUUAGCAGAAAGGAGCUGGUGCGUUAGAUAAUGAGUGUGUCAUGUAAGUGGAGAACUAAGCCCCGCAUGGUCGGAUGUGUAUAUUCAUGAGAUGCCCGUUGGUCACGGGUGGCCGCCUGGAGUUCCGGACCCAUUUCCGGACGACUAUGGUUUCUUUUUUAACCCAGGAAGACUCGUAUCAGUCGUCUACGAGCUGUGCUACCAUCACCAUCAUCGUCAUCAAUGUCUUGAUAAGUUCAUAAAGUCUUCAAAAAGAUCUAAAUACUAUUUAUUAUGGGAUUUUCAAAACGAGAUGACGGAAGUUCCGAAGGUUCCGGAAGUGAUGUCUUCAGAAGUGUUCCCAAGAAUAGAACCACCUUUCUUGUAUGGAAAAUAGAAGGAUUGCAAGCGAUUACAGUUCCUAGAAAUAAAAUUGGAUAUUUUUUAUCAGAAUCAGCAUAUAUUGUUUAUGCAGUAUCUCCUAAAGAUGAUGGACUUCCUUAUCCAGGAAUGCCGUAUAAGGAACUUAAAAGCAAUAAUAUUGUAAAAACAAUUCACUUCUGGAUUGGUGGAAGCUGUGACUCAAGUAUUUCUUCAGCAGCAGCAUUACGUGCAGCAGAAUUAGAUUCUCAAAUUAAUGCAACGAUUUUAUUACGUGAGUCUGAAGGACGGGAGAGUCCACGAUUCCUUGCAUAUUUUCGGCAAGAAUUGAUUAUUGAACGAGCACAUUUUGAUCCUCCUCAAGUACGUCUACAUCGAGUGACAGGUCGAUCAAUUCCAAUAUCAACAGAAUUGGACUCGAUUUGCUGGAAUAAUUUCUCCUCCUCCGAUGUAAUGUUGAUUGACACUCAAUCUCGUGGUGUCGUAUUUUUAUGGCUGGGUUCUGGAUCAAGCUCUUUGCAUAGAAGACAUGCAAUGAAAUUGCUAGAAGUGAGAAAAGAUAACAAUAAUAUAAGAAUUGUCAUUGUUGAUGAUGGAUAUGAACAGACAUUAAAAUCUGAUGACAAAAAGUUAUUUGAUAGUAUUCUAGACCCAAGAUCAAGAUCGGUGAUUCCUCAACAACAUGAAAGAGUUCAUAUUCCAACUCCAAUUAAGCUUUAUCGAUGCAGUGAACAAUCAGGAAAAUAUAAAGUUGCUGAAAUAAAGUCCGGACCAAUUUUUCGAGAUGAUUUGACUUCAUCUUCCGUUUUUUUGUUUGACAGAGGUGAAGCAGGAGUCUGGGCAUGGGUUGGUAAAGAAGUUGAUGCUCGAGAAAAGUUAGAAGCUGUUAGAAAUGCGAGAGGAUUUAUUAAAAAAAAAGGAUAUAGUCUUUGUGUUCCUGUGGGUCGAGCAGUUGAAAAUGAAGAGCCUGGAGAGAUGAAAACACUACUGAGAGCUUGGGAACCAACAAAAAUGAGACCAUUGAUACUUCAAUCUUCAUUUGAAGCUGAGUAUAUGAGUGAACGACCUAAAAUAGCUGCUGAAUAUCAACUUGUUGAUGAUGGAAGUAGUAAAAGAACUCUUUGGAGGGUCAGCAAAAAGGAAGGAAUGAUUGAGGUCAAUGAUAAGACAGAAUCGAAUCAAGGUAUUUUCUACGCUGGAGUUUGCUAUGUCAUGAGAUAUAUUUAUGGAAGUGGUAGAAGAGAAAGAUCAAUCAUUUAUUGCUGGGAAGGAGCACAUUCUACAAGUCUUGAUAGAGAAGCGGCAUUGGAUGCAGCUUGUAAACUUGCUGAAGAUACUUCUGGUCAACUUGUUAAAGCAUCUCAGGGACGAGAACCUUAUCAUCUUCUUCAGAUUUAUGGUGGAAAGCUAAGAAUUCUAGCUGGAACUUAUCAAGAAACGCCACCGAAAAAAUAUCUCGUAAGAGUUUUCGGAUCAACACCUUACACCUCUAAAGCAAUUGAACGACCUUUACAAGCAAGUUCGUUGGACUCGGGGGGAGUUUUUAUUCUCUUUUCUGAUCAGCCAAUAGUCUGGUGUGGAGGAAAAAGUACUGGAGAUGCGAGAGAAGUUUCACGGCGUCUUGCUCCAGCGACAGCACCUCUCAUUGCUGAAGGCAAAGAAGGCGAAGAAUUCUGGAAUCAAUUAGGAGGUAAAAAAAAAUAUGGCACAGAAGUUGAUGAAAUCAUUGAAGAAUCUGGAAAGCAUCUUUAUCAUUGCAAUGUUUUGGAUAAAGUGUUUGUUGGAGAAGAAAUUCUAGGAUUUACACAAAAUAGUCUCAUUCCUGAAGCAGUUUGGCUUUUAGAUGCUGGCAAUAUUAUUUGGGUAUGGUUAGGGAAGUUAGCUGCAACGAAAAAUCUAAAACAAUGUGUUCAAGAUGCAUUGGUGUUUUUAUACACUCAUCCAGCAGCACGAGAUCGAAAUACAAUAAUUUCUGUAGUAAAACAAGGCUUAGAGCCGGUAACAUUUAUUGGGCUUUUUGAAAACUGGAAUCACAAUCAUUGGAGAGAUUACCGAUCUUUUGAUGAAAUUCGAACAGCUCUUCAAGGUUUUCAAGAAUAUUCAAUAAGUCGGCAUGAAAAUCCUGCUUCUAAUUUCGAUUCUUAUGUAAAAUAUCCAUUGAAAGUUUUAAAAAGUGAAGCCGAACAAUUACCUAAAGAUGUCGAUGUUUUUAAGAAAGAAAUGCAUCUUACGUAUGAUGAUUUUAUGGCUAUUUUUAAAAUGAAUCCGAUGGAAUUUGAAAAAUUACCUGAAUGGAGAAGACAAAGACUUAAACAAUCUGCAGGAUUAUUUUAAAUAAUAAUUAUUAAUCAAUAAUUGUUGAAUAUUGAAUUAAUUAAAUAUUGCAAUAGUGCGAAUAUUGAUGAAUAAGAGAAUUAUUACAACUAUUAAUAAAUAAGGACCGUCCAUGAAUUGAGAUAAAUUAUAUCGAAAAUAUUCU